UUGACGGAGUCAUCCAGAGCACGUCUGUGUGACGCUGUCAGUCUCAUGUGGAAUAUCCCGGGAAGCAGCUCGGUUUCGGCACGGUGGAAUUGUUGCUUCUUUGGCGGAGCGUUUCCUUUUCUUGGCCGUCCCGUCCUCGAUAAACCCAAUCCCUUGUCAUUUGUCCUUUCCCACUUGUGCUUUAUCCCGCUACCUUCUUCAUAGGUCUGUUCCUAAUCUGCCUGGACUAACUGUGGUGCACGUAAGGUCGUAGCACGUUGCACAGGUGGCUGUCGACCGUGCGUUGCAGGCUCUACAUGGAUGAAUAAGCAACACUUAGGGGGGGGGCCUUUCUGGUGGAUAGAGGGAGGGGGGGUUUCAUAAAGUUGCAGUCAGGAUCGAGCUUCUUAGGAGGAAGGGGUGAGGAUGGCGGUGGCCCUGGACGAAGUGUGGGGGAGGGUCAAGAACGUCUGCAAGCAGAACGGUCUCCUCAUCCUGUCUGUGCUGGCCGUGGUAAUUGGCUGCCUGCUCGGCUUCUUCCUGAGAGGCAAGCAGCUCUCCGAACAGGAGGUCAAGUACUUUCAGUUUCCUGGAGAACUUCUCAUGCGGAUGUUGAAAAUGCUCAUUUUGCCACUUGUUGUUUCCAGUUUGAUGUCAGGCCUGGCUGCCCUGGAUGCCAAAUGCUCGAGUCGACUGGGGAUCAUGACUAUUUCCUACUACCUCUGGACCACCUUUGUUGCUGUGGUGGUGGGCAUCAUCAUGGUGUACAUCAUUCACCCCGGAGGAGCCGCUCAGAAGGAGGAUUCCGAGGAGAGCAAGAAGCCCAUGACCAGCUCGGCCGACGCUUUGCUGGAUCUCAUUCGCAACAUGUUUCCAGCAAACUUGGUUCAAGCGACGUUUCAACAGUACCGAACCCAGCGAGACCCCGAAUAUAUCCCCAAACCAACAGUGGCUCAGCUCCUGGAUGAGACCACCACUCGACGGGUCUACAUCUACGGCAUCCAGGAUGACAAUGGAACCGACAUCCAGAACUUUUCACUGGAUCUCACGCCGCCGCCGGACGUCAUCAUGAAAACGUCGGCGGGUACGAGCGAGGGCAUGAACGUGCUGGGCAUCGUCAUUUUCUCCGCCACCAUGGGGAUCAUGUUGGGGAGAAUGGGGCCCAAUGGAAGUGCUUUGGUCAACUUCUGUCAGAGUUUGAAUGAAGCGGUUCUCAAGAUUGUUGCCAUUGUCAUCUGGUAUUUCCCUUUCGGCAUCGUUUUCCUGGUUGCCGGGAAAAUCUUGGAGAUGGACGAUCCGUCAGCCAUGGGGAAGAAACUGGGAUUUUAUGCCAUCACAGUCGUAAUGGGCUUGGUGCUUCAUGGUCUUUUCAUCCUACCUGCCAUGUAUUUCUUUAUCACCAAGAAGAGCCCCAUUGUUUACAUACGAGGAAUUCUGCAGGCCCUACUUAUUUCCUUGGCCACUUCAUCCAGCUCUGCCACUCUGCCUAUCACCUUCAAGUGCCUCCUAGAAAACAACCACAUUGACAGACGCAUCAUCCGCUUCGUGCUGCCUGUGGGGGCCACCAUCAACAUGGACGGGACCGCCCUCUACGAGGCUGUGGCGGCCAUUUUUAUAGCCCAAGUGAACAACUAUGAACUCGACUUUGGACAAAUCAUCACCAUUAGCAUUACUGCCACAGCAGCCAGUAUUGGUGCAGCUGGGAUCCCGCAAGCUGGACUGGUUACCAUGGUGAUCGUGCUGACCUCUGUGGGUCUGCCUACCGAUGACAUCAGUCUCAUUAUUGCUGUUGACUGGGCUUUGGAUCGAUUUAGGACCAUGGUCAACGUGAUGGGGGACGCCCUGGCAACGGGUAUCAUGGCUCACAUCUGCAGGAAAGACUUUAUCAAAGAAGGCGAACAGGUACCUCUGAUCUGUGAGACGAAGCCCAUGAUUAGCAUCCAGCAGAUGAUGAGCUACCAGAACCAGAAGAACGGCUGCUACCAACCGCCGCCCCCGGGCAGCAAGCACGACCACCUUUCCCCGGACGUGGCCCGCCUGAUCCAACUGGAGGAGGGCAUUCGACCAAUCGAGAAGAAGAAACACGCUCACUCUUCUCACCACAAGAGAGGCCACAGAGACAAGGACCACUGUUCCAUCGACAUGAACGGUCUGGAGACUAACGUGUAGAAGCCGUCCGAGUGGCUCUGAGCGCUCAGCUGCUGGGCCCCGGCCGGAGAGGAGGACCAGCUUGUUCCUCAAAUGACGUGAUCGAGGUCACAUACACACUUCCCGGCUCUAGAAUAAGAGAGAGGUGGAAGGUGAAUGAAUGCAGAUGAAAUAGAAUACAAAGACUUUUUUUUUGUGUGCGUUUUUUUUUUUACGGUAUUUUAAUAAUAACCUGCAUAUUUGUUAGUGUACUCAUCUAACAUGUAUCAUUCUGUACCGGUUGUGA